AGCGCAGUUAUUCAUUCCUUCAUACAAAUAUAUGUAUGUGUCAUUUCAUUAUAGUAAAAUAAAGAGGAGAUGCAUCUAUAUACAUAUUUCCUUUCUUGAAAAAUACAAAAAAAUAAUUCUCUUCCAUUUUUCUUUGCGAAAAAAUAGAAGACAAUAAACGAGGAAUGAAAACGAAUAAAAACAUCUUUCCCUAAAUCUACUUCAUCAUUUGGCUUCCUUGUCAGUAUUGCCAGUUUAUCGUUGCAACAAGUGAGGCCAUAGUAGAUUAAACACUGAUAUUUUAUUAUUAUUAUUAUCACCAUCAUCAUUACCAUUAUUAUCGAUCAUUUGAUCAGUACACACAGGAAAAUUCCAACAGAUUGCUUCCAUUAAAAUAUACAAUAUAGACGAACAAGAUCUUAUCAAAAAUUGUGAUUACUGCAAACACAGAGGAGUUGUAUCAUCCUUCGGAACAUAAACACUGGACGGAGAGAGAAAGAAAGCAGUGAAUAGAGAGAAACAGAAAGAUUGUUUUAAAAAUAAAAGUGAUUAAAGCUCAAAAACUCUGUGAAACACCUUUUUACACAUCCUUACAUAUACUAGUCAUAUAUUUGUGUAUAUAGAUUUAUAUACAUCGUAUUUGUACAUUCCCUUAUCUAAAAGCGUAUAUAUAUAAAUAUAUGUUCACACAAUGACUGCAAUAACUGUGAAAUAUGAAGCUGAAUUCUCUGAUCAAGACAAGAAAAUGGGUAGGAUAAACUUUAAAUCAGAUAUGAAGCAAUACAUAGAAUUAGAUGAUACAAUAAAUUCAACAAUUACCAGAUCAAAUGAAAUGAAUACGAUGCAUCCACAAUUAUUGUCUUCAAUGUCAACAUCACUGACAUCCCUAUCCUCCUCCUCCUCAUCAUCAUCAUCAUCCUCCUCUUCAGUACCAGUGCUAGGUGUGGGAACAACAGGAUCAGUAGACUUUGCAUCACCAGUAUCAUCGUCAACAUCAACUUCGGUAUUAUUAAAGUCUGCUUCAUCGCCAUUAUCACAAUGUGUUGGUUGUGGUUUUCUCAUCAAUGAUCCAUUUAUAUUAAAUGUUCAACCAAAUUUAAAAUGGCAUAUACGUUGUUUAAAUUGUUCAAAAUGUUUACGAUCACUGAUGAAUGAUUCUACAUGUUUUGUACGUGAUUGUAAAGCAUAUUGUAGAGAAGAUUAUUUUAGUACUUUCCUUUAUCGUUGUGCUGGAUGUCAUCGAUUAAUUGAUAAAAUGGAUCUUGUAUUUCGUAUACGUUCGCGUACAUUUCACUUGGAUUGUUUUCGUUGUGUUAUCUGUGAAAGAUUAUUACAACCUGGUGAAGAGAUCGCUUAUAGAAAUGAACAAGUCUAUUGUUUAUUACAUUCACAAAUUAUGAAUAAAUUUUCUAAAUUAGACAAUUAUAAUGAUCUAAAUAAUGAUAAUAACAAAAAUAAUGAUGGUAACAAUGAUACUACUAAUAAUGGUAAUAAUAAUAAUAGUAGUAGUUGUAGUAAUAGUGUUGUUAACAAUGAAAAUGAGAUAAACACUAGUCAAACGAGUACUUCUACUAAUAAUACGAAUAACGCCAGUAAUGAUAACAACGUUCAUAUUACAAAUCUUAUAUCAAAUAACCAAUUCAUGAUUACAAAUUCGACCAUUAAUAGUAAUUGUAAUAAUAAUACUCAAAACCAUACAAGCAAUAAUAGUAACAAUAUUUGUAAUAUGAAUCGAUUAUUGUCAGAACAAAUGAAAAUGAACCUCCUCAAUAAUAAUACAAGCAAUAAUACUCCAUUUAAAAUUAACACUACGAAUACUACUGCUAAUAAUAAUAACAACAGUAGUAUAAAUUCAUCUCAAUCAAAAUAUGAUAAUCAUCAUUAUAAUGAAUCUCUCAUCACUGAUGAUAUGAAAAGCUUGAAAUCUGAUAUCAAAGGUCUUUUACCAAAUUUAUUAUUAAAUCAAAUCGAUGAUAUGCCUUUGAUGAAUAUGAAGUCUGUUUAUUGUAGUGGUAAUAAUAGUAAUAAUAAUCAUAAUAACAAUAAUAAUAGUAGUAGUAAUGGUAUCGAGUUAAUUCAUGAUAUUGAAGACAAUAUAGCUAAUUAUGAGAAUUUAUGUAAUCCUGUGAAUUUUCUGUCGACAUCCACGUCAACAUCACUGCCAUGUUCAUCAUCACUGUCAUCAGCGGUGUCAACGGCGUCAUUAACGCAGAUGACUCUCAGUAAUGGUAAUAACAAUAAUAAUAAUGGUAACGUUAAUGAUUGUGUUAAUAAGCUAUUAAAUCAACGAAAUUCACUAUCGAAUUGUAAUAAUAUUAUUAGUGGAAUGAGUGAAAAUUUCUAUCCUAAUUCACCAGACAGUUCAUUUGGUGCUGUUAUUCAAGAUAUGGAUAGUCCAAUGUCUGGUAGCAGUGAUGAAUUAAGUCAUGAAGAUGAAGAUUUCAGCCUACUUGGUAUGAGUGAAUCAAAUACAACUGGUCUAUCAGAAUGCGGUACAGCUAUGAAUGGUUCGAAUUCUUUGCCUGUUAACACUACCGGAUUACAUCAUCAUCAUAAUCACGGUCAGCAUCCCCAUCAUCAUCCUCACCAUCAUCACCAUGGUAAUAAUAAUAAUAGUAUGUAUGGAAAUUAUAAUCAAAAUCUUAUGCUUGGAAUUGGUGGUGGCAGUGGAAGUCUUACGGGUAGUUCAAGUAGUGGAACAAGCAUUACUGGCGGUGGGGUUGGUGGAUUGGGCGAUGAAGUAGUUCACAGUGUGGUUAUCUCAUCACGUGGAAUGACUAGAAUGCACACGGGUAAUACCAGUGGUGGAAAUGGUUUAGGUGGGAAUUCUGGGUCAAGACCAUCAUCUGGUAAAUCAGCUGGAAGUAAACGAUCCAAAGAUCAAAAGACAACUAGAGUUCGAACUGUACUGAAUGAGAAACAACUGCAUACACUAAGAACAUGUUAUGCUGCUAAUCCAAGACCAGAUGCACUAAUGAAAGAGCAGUUAGUUGAAAUGACAAAUUUAAGUCCACGUGUUAUACGUGUUUGGUUUCAAAAUAAACGAUGUAAAGAUAAGAAACGACAAUUAUUAUUAAAACAAAUGGAACAACAUCACCAGAAUGGCGGACGUCCUGGCAGUCUACACGGGAUUUCAAUGAUUGCACAAAGUCCUGUUCAUAAUGAUGUGAAUUUAAUGUCAACUAAUUCUGGUAUUGAUGUCCAGCAUAUACCUGGACCAUAUUGGAGUACACAUAAUCUACAAAGCGAUAUAAUUACACGAUCAAAUAAUCCAUUAUAUCGAUCACAUAGUCCUUCCAAUUUAUUGAUAAGCCAAUCAAAUAAAUUGAUGCGACAAUCAAUUGAAAAUAUGUCGUCUACAUCAUCAUCCUCACCACCACCACCACCACCACUACCGCCGAUGCCACCAAAUUCAUUGAUGAAUAAUUAUCAUACGAAUUCAUUGAAUGAUGCAAUGAUCAAUUAUUCAACUGGUUGUUUAAUAAAUCCAGCACUGACAAAUGUCAUACCCUUGCAGCCACCACCACCUCCACCCACACUGCCACUGCCACCUUCGGUAUCGUCAUCCACAUCCUCUUCCUCAUCAUCAUCAUCAUUAUUAACAGGAAUCCCCUCAAUGUGUACUUCAUCCACUCCAUCUUGUAUAUCAUUGUCAUUAACAUCAACAUCGCCCACAUCGCUGCAAACAUUUAAUAAUUUUAUGAUGAAUACACCAUCAUCAAGCCUGAUGAUAACAAAUGAUACCUCAUUAUCGACAAAUCUGUCACGAUGUAAUAAUUUAUUAAUGAUGCCCUCAAAUACUGUUACUACUAAUAAUGUUAAUACUACUAAUUACACUCAUAAUAGUAAUAAUAUUAACAAUAAUAAUAAUAAUAGUAAUGGUGGUAAUGGUACAAAUACAAAUCAAUCAGAUUUCCUGAAUGAACGUUCAGCAGGAGCAACAGCAACAGCAGCAGCACCCCCACCCCCACCACCAUUUCAACAUUUAGUGAGAAUAUUUUAAACUGAUUUCCCCCCUCGCCCCACCCCCACACACACAUAAAAGAAAGUGAUGCAAUACUCUGCUUUACUCGAGUUCGCCGAAUAAAUGAUUAACACAACUGGCUGUUAUCAUUGAUAGAAACUUACAUAUGCGUAUGGGGACUCACGUGUACGCAUAUACGAGUACACUAGUAUACGCUACUAUACUACAUAUAUUUAAGUGAAUGCAUUUAAACACUUGAUUAUUAAACUUAAAUAACUUUAAAAAUAAAGAAAUAAUAAAGAACUUCUUUGUUGUUAAGAUACAUUUCAAUAUAUUGAAUUUUAUCAGUCUGUCUCUCUCUCUCUAUCCCUUUCUAUAUAUAUACAUAAAGUUAUAUAAUUUAAUUCUACUAUUCUUAUAACAGACAGUACUGUUUCUUUAUCUUUCUUUAAUGUCUUUUUGUAAAAAAGAAUAUUACUCAGUUUAGUUGUUUGUUAAUUAGUACGACAAUUAUCGUGUGUACAAAGUAUAUUUA